GCGUUUACGCGCAGCGGUUCCCCGCCCGCCGCCGCCCCCGCCCCAGUCUGCUUGGUUCUGCGUCCACCCGGCACUCGGAGCAACCCCGGUGGCUGCGCGACAGUCCCCGCCAUGUCUGCAGCCAUGAGGGAGAGGUUCGACCGGUUCUUGCAUGAGAAGAAUUGCAUGACCGACCUCCUAGCCAAGUUGGAGGCCAAGACCGGCGUAAACCGGAGCUUCAUAGCGCUCGGUGUCAUCGGGCUAGUGGCCUUGUACCUGGUGUUCGGUUAUGGAGCCUCUCUCCUCUGCAACCUGAUAGGAUUUGGCUACCCAGCUUAUGUCUCAAUGAAAGCCAUAGAGAGUCCUAACAAGGAUGAUGAUACCCAGUGGCUGACCUACUGGGUAGUGUAUGGUGUGUUCAGCAUUGCUGAAUUCUUCUCUGAUCUCUUCCUGUCAUGGUUCCCCUUCUACUAUAUGCUUAAGUGUGGCUUCCUGUUGUGGUGCAUGGCCCCGAGUCCUUCUAAUGGGGCUGAAUUUCUCUACAAGCGCAUCAUUCGUCCUUUCUUCCUGAAGCACCAGUCUCAGGUGGACAGUAUGGUGAAGGACCUGAAGGACAAAGCCAAAGAGACUGCAGAUGCCAUUACUAAAGAAGCCAAGAAAGCUACAGUGAAUUUACUGGGUGAAGAGAAGAAGAGUACCUAAACCCUUGAACGGAUGGAGCCUUCCCGCCCAGCCCCCUGCACCUUCCUCUUAGAGCUUGACAUUAUUUUAGGGACUGUGGUAUAAUCAUUUUAAUGUUGCCUUGGAAACAUUUUUUGAUAUAUUAAAAAAUGGAAUGUGUUGUAAGGGUUUUUUUUUUUUUGCUUUUACUGUCUGUACAUUACAUAGGGAGCAUUUUAAUUUAAAUUUAAUGCAGUGGCAGUAUCUAAAUUUUUGAAAAUAUAUUGCCUCUAGGUAGGAAAAGACAUGUAUGUUACUAUCCUGAAGGAAAUGUAAACUAAAAAUAAAAUUUGUAUAUCCCACAGGCUCUGUACUUUA